AUGGUAAAGGUGCUGCAGCUGGAGGAAUUGCCGGGCCCAAAUGCGGGAGACAUCAGGCCAGCAUGGCGAGACGGGUCCCGCUCCAGGGCUGCGACUUUGGAGACGUUGGCGGGCAACGUCCCUGUAGAUGCCCACGCUGGAGCCACGCUACACCAUCAAUUGCAGUCCCUCACCCUCGCCCGCAUCCUCACUGUCCCUAUCCGCCACACACGCUCACUAGCCACAACUCCCGCACCGCCGACGCAGUCUCCACCACCGCUCCUUCUCUCUUCAGCCACACGCCCCCGCCCAGCCGCGCCCGACUACUUUGGAACUACGACGACAGCUCAUGCGGCACGAGGAAGGCAUCGCCGCGACCGAGACAUGCGAUGUGGUUGGGAAGCCUAG